GUGGCAGUGACGGGGCUGAGCUACAGGCUGCUCCCCCACGCCUCCCCCAGGAGCACCCCUGGCUGCACACUCGCCUACAACUGGGAGCCCCCCCUGCAUUCCCUGCAGAGCCAGGCCUGUCUUCAGAGGAGGAGGAAGAGGCAGUGGGGAUGGAGGACGUGAAGAGUCACACCUAUUCCAGGCCACUGAGGCCCUCAGGGACCAGCACAGAGGCAUCCCCACAGCCAAGGCCAGGGGCAAGAGUCUGGGGGGUCCCUGGGUCAGGCCUGCAGCUGGAGGCAAAGCUGCCCACAGAGGAGCCCGGCAUCAUCGUGACUAACCAAGAUCUGCUGACCCAGGCACAAGGAAUCCAGCUGCUGGGGGCACUGGCCCAACUCCUGGAGCUUCCAGAGGGCACUUUCUCCUCCAUCCAGGUCGAGGGGCCUGCAGUGACCUUCAGAGUGAGCCCCCUUGGCACCCUCAACGUGACGGCCGCGGGCCUGGCCCAGGCAGCAGGUAGGGACAGCUCGCCCUGUGAGGACAAGGCUGUCCCUGUGCAGGCUGGUCUGGGGGCCUCGGCCAUGGCCGUGGGCAACUGGCACAGCUUCCUGGGAUCUCCGUGAGUGACAUGGUAAUGAGGCUUCCUGCACCACUCAGACCCGUGAGGGGUGUGGCUGGCCCUGGUCCCAGCUGCAUUCGCCCCACCCGGAACCCCAACCUCAGCCUCAGAGGGUGUGAGCGGCGGGCUGCCCUCAGCCUACGUGCCUGGGCAUCAUGGCAUCACAGCUGGCUGGUCUCGGUGGCCAGGCCCUACACAUGGCUGGACGCGGCAGCAUAGCAGGGCAUGGCAUGGCAGGGCAUGGAGCCCACACCAGCCGCUGUCCACCCCUGUUCCGACCCCAGCUGUCCACUCCCUGCGUCUGCCUCACAUGGCCUGUGUCAUGCAGUGUCCCUCACCCAGUCAUGGCUUGAGGCGGGGCCUGGGGUCUUGCAGGAGAUGGUGGUGACCCAGUGACCGCUGGGGGCGUGUGGUGACCUGGCCUUGUGACUCCCGGGAGGCCGUGGGUGAGGACUGAGAUGCUGGCAGGAAGACUGUCCGGUCCCGAGGCCAGGUGCCCGGCACUGUACUGGCGUCCCCUGCUCCUGGGAUGGCCUGAACCAGCUGCUGGCCGGGGUCCUUCCUGUCGUUCCUGGCCCCAACUGACACUUCCAGAGUGAGCGGUGCGUCCUGGGGGAUGUCAUCCUCUAGCGGGUCCCCUCAAGUGAGAGUUAGGUUUCUCUGUCUGUGAUUAAACUCUGGAGGAGCAGA